UAAUUAUGUUUCACAGCUUCAUUCUUUGCGAUUUAAAGUUAACAUAGUGUAGUAGCACCCCCAAGCAUCAGCCUUGCACGGUUUUUAAAGUUUUGUACUGGCAACAUUUAAAAAGAAAAAAGUUACCCCUUCCACUACUCCCACCUGGCGACGGUUGGAACCACCAUUUUUACUUCAUUAUUCAUUCCCGUGCUCAAGCCUUCGCACGCGUACCUUCCACUUUCAACAUGGGGAAACGGAAGAACGAAGAGGAGAAUAUUAGGAGAAAGAUCAAGAAACUGGAGUCAAGAUUACUACGACAGACACGUGGCCGAUCUAGAAUUAUAUAUUCUUCAGAUUCUAGUGAAACAGAUGGUGAGUUACUAUUUGUUUCUAGCUACAACAUGAUAGUUGAUUCUGAAGAACGUUAUGAGCGAAGCUCGUCGCCGCGCGGCCACGUGGUCUCGCCGCCGCCGCCUCGCACCGCAGCGCCGCCGCCAACCCCAGCGCCAGACUCGCCGCAGCAGCCACCGUCCCAGCCCCCGACGCAACAAGAGCCGCUGCGACCAGCCUCUCCGCGCCCAGGUCCGUCGUCUGCUCCAGAUCUACCAGAGACACAACCCCAGGUACUUUCGUCUUCAGCGGGGGAUCAAGAACUCGAUGACGACAUUUUGCUAAUGCUAGGUGAUGCUCCAAAACCAGAACUGGCGUUAGGCGACAGCAUACACAAGGACGUGGCCAGUAGGUGGCAUGAAAUCUUACUAAAAGGUUUACAAAAGGAGGUUAAAGAAAAGCUUUUUCAAGAGUACCUCGUGCCCAGCAAUUGUGACCUCUUAGUUGCUCCUACUCUUAACGCCGAAGCUAAAGCGGCAUUAACAGAUAGUUCAAUAAAAAGAGAUCAUGCCAUAAUGGAAAAACAGAAGCAAUUAGGAAUUGCUCUGUCUGCUCUGGCGCAGGCCAUGGAUCAAUUGCUUAAACCAGAUGCAUCUGUGCAAAAAAUCUUGAAACCAGUCAGUGAUGCUUGUCGUAUCUUAUGCGAUAGUCACUACUUAGAAACAAAAACACGUCGCUACUUCGUAGUUUCGUCAAUUAACACCGAUCUAAAAGAGACCCUUACUAAUACGGUUAGAGACGGUUUCCUUUUCGGAGAUAAUGUAUCUGACAAAUUAAAAGCCGCUCAAUCGAUUCAAAAGUCUGGUGAAACAUUAAAACACACACCUAAACCGGUUAACAAUCGUUUUAAUAAAAAUAAUUUUGUACUUAACAAAAAGUCGCAGGAAAACAAUUUAAACUUCAAACCCCUGCAUCAAAGGACGCAGAGCAAGCCCGAUGCAGGGCACUACCGGCCGUCGCCGCGCUCCAGCCGGCCGAGCAGCGCCCGCGCCCCGCGCCGCUCCUACUCGCCGCGCCGUCGCAGCUACCGGAGCUACAGGAGAUAG